GUCUGGCAUGGAAAGAUAAGUUUUCAGUCAUUCAUAGAGUCCAAGUAAACAAAGCUCGGCUGCUCAACUUGCGCUGGAGCUUCGGAAGUUCAUAGCCGGCCGGAGGAUUCAGACGUUUUGAUUUCAGGGACGAAGGAGAACUUCAUGUCUGACGUUCCAAAUUCAGAGAAUAAUAUUACUUCUUCUUCUUGAUCAUAUCUUUCCAGCUUGAGCUGGAGUGUUGCAGAUGGGCUUAGGACGUUCCUUCAUUAUCUGGGUUUUUGGGUUCAGUUGCUUUUUGGCGUUCGAGUUUGGAGCUGCUCAGAAUAAUGCGACUCUCGUGGCCGAUGAAGUGGCUGCAUUGCGUGAAAUAGCGAGUAGGUUGAACAAGAGCGACUGGGACUUCAACGUGGAUCCGUGCAACGACUGGAUCCGCGUCUCCAUUCUUGAAUACCAAAAUAACGUCACGUGCAACUGCUUCAACACCGAAUGCCACGUCACCAACAUAGUCCUCAAAGGUCAGGGUCUACCAGGGGUGCUUCCGCCAGAGCUGAUCAAGCUUCCUUACCUCAAAGAAAUUGAUCUCACUAGGAACUACCUAAACGGUACAAUCCCUCGGCAAUGGGGUUCUUCGAAGCUGGAAAUCAUCUCCCUUAUCGGCAACCGACUAUCGGGUUCGAUACCCAAAGAAAUUGGAAACAUCACCACUCUCAGAGAACUAGUCCUGGAGUCCAAUGGCUUGUCUGGAACUAUUCCUCCAGAGCUUGGGAGUCUGAUCAAUUUGGAGAGACUGCUACUUUCCUCAAAUAAUUUCACGGGGCAGUUGCCCGAGACAUUCUCUAAUCUGGCCAACUUGAGUGACCUUCGAAUAAGCGACAACCAGUUUAGUGGAAAGAUACCUAGUAUGAUACAGAAUUGGACAAGCCUCACAAAAUUAGUAAUGCAAGCAAGCGGUCUUCAAGGCCCCAUUCCUUCUGACUUCUCUGGUUUGACGAAAUUAAGCGAUCUGAGGAUUAGUGAUUUAAAUGGAUCAGAAAGUGUUUUUCCAAAGUUGAAUAAGGGCAUUAAGACACUGAUAUUGAGGAAUUGCAACAUUAAUGGAACUCUGCCUUCAGAAAUUACCAGCAUGACAACACUGAAAACCUUGGACCUCAGUUUUAACAGGCUAACAGGAGAAAUUCCCAGUACAUAUGAUGCCUUGUCAAGCGUGGAUUUUAUAUAUCUAAGUGCAAACUUGCUAAGUGGACCUGUGCCUGAUAGAUGGCUGCAAAGAGGAGAGGUCAUUGAUCUUUCCUACAACAACCUUACAGUACAAAACUCAGCUCCCUCUUGUCAACAACGGAAAUUAAACUUAUUCAGAACCUCCUCCUCUCUUGGAAAUAACUUAACUGGAGUUGUCUCAUGCUUGCGGUCUUCCCAGUGUCCAGAAAAAAAAUUGUACGAGCUUAAUAUAAACUGUGGUGGCCAAGAGUUAAACAUUAAUGGCACCAAAUAUGAAGCUGAUUCAGAUGCAGCUGGUCCUUCAAAUUACCAUGAAGUUAGUAACUGGGCCUUUAGCAGCACUGGUGAUUUCAUGGACAAUGGAAACAGUGAUAUCUAUGUUGGAACAUCAAAUCUGGCAAAUGACCUUGAACUGUACAAGAAUGCACGCAUUUCUCCACUCUCUUUCACUUAUAUAGGAUAUUGUCUUCAGGAUGGUAGUUACAAUGUGAACCUCCAUUUUGCGGAGAUCAUAUUUAGCAAUGAAAAAAACUAUAGCAGUCUUGGGAGGCGUGUAUUCAAUGUUUAUAUUCAGGGAAAUUUGGUGCUGGAAAAUUUCAAUAUCGUAGAUGAAGCGGGUGGAUCUAGGAAGCCAUUCAUCAAAAAAAUAGAUGAAGUAAAUGUAACAAGUGGCACUUUAGAAAUCCAUCUCUAUUGGGCUGGGAAGGGAUCAACAGCAAUACCUUCUAGAGGAACCUACGGUCCUCUUAUAUCAGCCAUUUCUGUAAAACCUAAUUUUAUACCUCCUUCAGAAGGUGGAAAAGGAAUAUCUGGUGGUGCUGUAGCUGGAAUUGUUGUUACAGUGUUAGUGUUUAUCUUCUUGGUCUUGGUUCUCCUUUGGUGGAAAGGCUGUCUGGGUAACAAGACUACAAUGGAUCAAGAUCUGAAAGGUGUAGACCUACAAACUGGUACCUUUACCUUGAGGCAAAUUAAAGCUGCAACAAACAACUUUGAUAAUGCAAAUAAGAUAGGAGAAGGUGGUUUUGGACCUGUUUACAAGGGUAUUUUGUCAGAUGGAACCAUAAUAGCAGUGAAGCAGCUCUCUUCAAAAUCAAAGCAAGGAAAUCGUGAAUUUGUGAAUGAGAUAGGAAUGAUUUCUGCUUUGCAACACCCACAUCUCGUAAGGCUUUAUGGUUGUUGUAUUGAAGGAAACCAGUUACUGCUGAUAUACGAAUACUUGGAAAAUAACAGCCUUGCUCGUGCUUUGUUUGGUCCAGAAGAAUUCCAAUUGAAACUGGACUGGCCAACUAGGCACAAGAUAUGUGUUGGAAUAGCAAGAGGUUUGGCAUAUCUACAUGAAGAGUCGAGAUUGAAGAUUGUUCAUAGAGACAUUAAGGCCACAAAUGUACUACUUGAUAAGGAUCUGAACCCUAAGAUAUCUGACUUUGGCCUGGCCAAGCUUGAUGAAGAGGAGAACACCCACAUAAGCACUCGAAUUGCUGGGACUUAUGGAUAUAUGGCACCAGAGUAUGCAAUGAGGGGUUAUUUGACAGAUAAAGCAGAUGUUUACAGUUUUGGAAUUGUUGCUUUGGAAAUUGUAAGUGGGAAGAGCAACACUAGUUUCAGGCCAAAGGAGGAACGCAUUUAUCUUCUUGAUUGGGCCCUUAUUCUUAAAGCGAAAGGAUGCUUGAUAGAUCUCGUGGACCCAAGGUUGGGAUCAGAAUUCAACAAGGAUCAGGUUAUGGCAAUGAUUAAUGUAGCUCUCUUAUGCACUAAUGAAUCUGCAGAGCUAAGGCCUGCCAUGUCUUCUGUAGUAAGCAUGCUUGAAGGCCAAGCCCCUAUUCAGGAGCUUGUUUCAGAUUCAAGUAUCUCCUCUAGUGAAGUAAGGUACAAGGACAUGAUGAAGUAUUACCAAAGUUUAGAUGAUAAGAGCAUCAGUGAGAGCCAGACUCGGAAUACAUUGAAUGAUGGGCCAUGGACCGGGUCUUCUACAUCUGCCAAUGAUCUUUACCCAAUCAAAUUAGAUUCCAGGUAUUUGAAUGACAGGGAGUAGAGUGGUUUAUGCUACCUUGAUGUGUUUCCGUGAGGCUUAGAUGUAUAUGUUUGGCAUAUUAUUUUCACUUUCCUCAUUUCUUUAUGAUGAUUGGAGACUGGAGAUUUCAUUAUGAAAGAUGGAAGUAUACAAAAUUUGCAAGUUUUAUUCAAAUCUGCGUAGCAUGCAUAAACUUUUAC